UGAGAAGUCGGCGCAACGAUGCGACUUGGAGCUCAGGGGCAAUCUCGAACGGUGUACCGGAGAGGCAGCCGGACGGCGCAUCUGGGGCCAGCGCACCUCCCAUGUGGCCCACGAUCCAUGGGAGCCUGCCAAGCCGUUUCGGAUCCAGUCUAGAGGCCUGACCAAGGCUGUGUCGGAGCAGGACGACUAGUGAGAAUAGGCUGAAGAGGGAAAAAGUGGGCUGGGCUGAGCUGAUCAGUCGCUGUCCAGCUGCCUCCUUCUCUCGUUGCAUGGGCCGGACGGAUGGAUGCUCUCUGAUGCCACCGGUCGAGCAUGCAUCGCCAGGAGCAACACUUUUGCAUUUGGUGAUCCGUCACAGUCUGCCACCCAAGCAGCAGAAGUCUUGAAGCUUGCCGAAGCUCUCGAAAAGCUUCCCAUCCAAGAAAGGGUCACCGUGUCGCCGAGCACGGCGAUCAGCCCCCACAUCUCUUUGGAAACGUUCAAGUCGAUUCAGCAUCUGACUGGCGUUGUAGUGAAUCCCUCGACAUUGCCCGACACGGCGUGUCCGCUGAGCGACUUCACAGGCCAGGGAGACGACUGGUUUCUGCGCAUUGCCUCGACCUGCUUCGAGAUGGGCCAGCGCCACGCCAACGAGGCCCUGCGUGACCCUAUUCAGUCAUCACGUUUUCCAAACUCUUUCAGCUACGAUGGUGCCCUUGGUCGGUACGGGGAAAUCCUCUUGGAGGGGAUGGAUGCGGCCAAGAAAUGGCUCGUCGAGCACGGCGUCAAGCUCACUGUCAAGGCUGUACGGGACCGCGCGGAGCACGUGAAGAGCAAGAUGGGAGAUCGCAGAUACCGGUCAAGAUGGCAUUUGUGCGUUGGCAACGUAUACCCCCAGGGCGUGCUGGUCGAUCGAUUGGACCCCAGUCGGUGCUAUGGCUUGAGCGAGGAAGGCAGGGAGACACAACUCAUGCUUAUGGAUCGAAUGUAUCCCCUGGCCAGAUUCGCCUUUACCACCAAGCUAACCCAGGCCCAAUUCCAGGAGUGGCUAUUCGAGCCCUAUCAGCGCGGCUUCUCCGCCUCCUGUAACGCCUCUGUCGAUGGGGAUUGGCAGUGGCAAAAGGACAAGGAGCGAUUCGACCUCCAUCUCCAUGCCAUUCACCUCGACUACUUUCUCUACUGGGUCAACUUUCGCAAUGCAGAAAGUGUUAAGCGCAUCGAGGCGAGGCUGAUCGAAGAGGACAGCGAGGUAUUACCAGAUGUCUUUGCGCCCUUCAGAAAGCUUGUGGAGAACAGCUCCUCGAGCAGCUAGCGUCGGUGGCCAGCCUCGACCAGCAUGCCCCUCGCGGAUUCUCCUCUGAUAUCGCUUUCUUUGGUCAAGAAUCUCAAGAGAAGAAGAGAAGAAAAAGGAGAAAGAAAAGAGAAAGAGAGGCUUGAGCGUUGGGAAUGGACCCCGCUUCAAGGGUUCCUGUCCUCUGCAGAAAGCGGCCUUUUCGCCGCCAGAAGAGAGCACGUGCUCGAG